CAAUUCGACUGCAUUGCAAGUCAUCUCUCUGGUCGGCCUUCGCCAAAGAGUCCGGGAAACUCGUCAUGCCAUGGCCGAAGUCGUGGUUCUCAUCGACAAAGGAUGAGACGGACUCGAAAGCGUCGGUUGCCUCUAAAACCACCCAGGCGUGGGAAUCGGCAACCGAGACGGUGAAUGAAGCUCGCGAAUCGAUCAGGCACGAAAUUCCCGCUACGCUGCCCUCACACCUCAAAGCGUUCAGCCAACCUCAAACAAUCGUAGCAACAGCUGUAUUGACUACAGCUUGCCUCGGUCUUUUCAAGUUCUACAGAUCCUACCUCCGCAGAAUUCCUCAAGCAACCAACAUCACUCCAGGCUUUCUGCGGCGGAGGAGUCUCGUUGGCAAAGUCACCAGUGUGGGAGACGGAGACAACUUUCGGUUCUACCAUACUCCAGGCGGAAGGCUUGCUGGAUGGGGUUGGCUUCCUGGUAGGCGAGUACCUACGGACAAGAAGGAGCUGAAAGACAAAACUAUUCAUUUACGUCUGGCAGGAAUCGACGCCCCAGAGCUUGCCCAUUUCGGACGACCUUCACAACCAUAUGCGCAAGAGGCACUCGACUGGCUCAGUGCAUACGUGCAGAGCAGGCGCAUUCGAGCCUAUGUUUACAAGAUUGAUCAAUACAAUAGAGUGGUUGGGACAGCUUAUGUCUGGAGAGGGCUUUUACGACGCGACGUAGGGCUCCAAAUGCUGAGGGCAGGGUUGGCCACAGUCUACGAAGCCAAAUCGGGUGCGGAGUUCGGCGAGGGCCUGGAACAGAAAUACCGCAACGCAGAAUGGUGGGCCAAGACCAAGAGGAAAGGUAUGUGGGCUGGCAAGAGGAAGGAUUACGAAAGUCCUCGAGAAUACAAGGCGCGGUACACUUCAGGCACGCCGCAGCAAGAGACCAAAUCAUGAUGAGCUGAACCAUUACUGCCGGACUUUAGCGAGGCGUUCCUAGAUAUGGGUAUGAUGGCCAGAGACUACUCGUAGUCAGAUGGUCACUUUCAAUAGACGAGUUGAUUGUCCAUGUUGUUGGGUUCCCAUAGCAGCGCAUAGCCUCGAGCCGUAGUUUGAUAAUGAGGC